AUGAAUAAAUACAAGAUUGAGAAUAUUGGCGGAGUUCAUAUACCAUCAUUUUUACUAGGAUUACUGGGAUCAAUCCUCCUAUACUUCUUAAGUCCAGGUAUAAUGCUGGUUCUCGGGGGUCUAGUAAGUUUUAUAAGAUUCAUUGUGAUAUGUGGUGGUAUUGUAGGGGUGGUAUAUUUUGCAUAUAUAAAUAGAGGUAAGAUUGGAGAACAUCCAAAACUAGGAAGAAAUGGUGAUGGCGGUGAACAAGGUACAAAAGCACACGAUGCAAACAUUAAAGGGAACUCGAAGGUUGGUGGAGAAUUUAAAUACUUCAAUAUUCCAAUCACUAAACUUGAUCAAGCCCAGAAGCCUGACUUGCCUCCAAGAAGUAGGUUUGUAGAUGUCAGCAACUUGAACAAUCGUGAAUUGAAUCAGUUGGAGAUACAACCUCAACGUAAAAUAGUGGAAGAGAUUAUAGAUGUGACUCCACAGCCAUUGGAAGCUAGUAUGAAUUUAGAUGUUAUGGGUAGCAGAACACAAGUUAUGAAUAGAAAUGCAAGAUAUGAUAACUUUGUAAAUAUGGCUGGAGUUAAGCAUAAAUAA